AUGGCUUAUUUUCUGAUGAAUAUUGUUACUAGUCUUAUACUUCUCUUUAUUGUGGGGCUUUCUAAUGCUGAUAUUAGCUUCAACAACAGUUACGAACCUACAUGGGGAGAAAACCAUUUAUCCAUCAUUAACCAAGGAACUGAAGUAACACUUCUUUUAGACAACUCCUCAGGAGCUGGUUUUAAGUCCAAAUUCCUAUACGAAUCUGGCUUAUUUGUAAUCAGGAUGAAGUUACCAGACAAGAAAACUGGAGGAGUUAUCACAUCUCUCUACCUAACCUCACAAGUAGAUGGUUCACCACCAGGGACCCACGAUGAGAUCGAUUUCGAGUUUCUGGGUACACAAGGGAAACUACAAACCAAUGUAUUUGCUAAUGAUUGGGGUUUUAGAGAACAAAUAUUCCAACUUCCCUUUGAUCCUUCACAAGAUUUUCAUACCUAUCAAAUUCUCUACAAUCCAUUCCAAAUAGUUUUCUUCAUAGAUGAUAUACCAGUAAGGGAAUUCAUGAACCUCAAAGUGAAAGCAAAUGUAAAUUACCCGACAAGUCCAAUGCAGAUAGAGGCAAGCGUAUGGUACUCAAACAGCAGUGGUUGGGCUGGAGAUAUUGAUUGGAGUUUAGCACCAUUUAUAGCUCAUUAUCAACACUUCAAAAUUUCAGGUUGUUUUCCACAACCUGGGAAUGAUUGUUCUUCACCAGUUAACCAACCAUGGAACAGAUUUAAGGUUCUCAGCCCUCUACAGAGACAAAAAAUGGCCAAUUUUAGGAAACAGUAUAUGACUUAUGAUUAUUGUGUCCCAGGCUUUGUUCAGUUCCCAGAAUGUUCUUAUAAUAAUUCUUAG